AUGGCCGGAAAGACACUAGGCCGAUCAUCGGGCUCCCUCAAUGCCCCAAUAGCCGCCUUCACCAUGGCCCUUCUGCUUGGCUCCUACUGCAUCAAAUCCAUCCACACCGCUCGUCGCGAGGCGCAAUCCACAUCAAGCAUCGCAACCACGACACCCCGACCUACUAAGAAGGCAGAGUCGCAGUCUUCAUGGGUACAGCAGGCACUGGAAGAGAGUCGAGAGGGGGAGAAGUGA